UUUUCUGUACAGCCUAAAUGCAUGUGAAUAAUUACAAAUGUAUUUAUUUUAUUUAUAACAAUAUUUACCAUACAGCCAGUGCUAAAAAUUCCUUCUAACGUUUCUUUAGGUACUUUUUCUAAUUCUUACAGAAUCCAAUAGUGGUAGCGUCUGCAUACAAUCAAUGCGUUCGUAAGGAAAUCCCAAGAUUUGAUUCAUUAUGGUUUAAUUGUAAGUCUAUUAAUACAGCCAAGAUAGUUUCUGAAUGAUUGACGUAGUCGUACGUGGAUCGUUGAAGUGGACACCGGCGCGAUCAAGAAUAACCAAAACCCAUUACCAUUUCACUUUCUACGGGGCUGCGUUACGCUGCAUGCAAAUGCAAGUCCGCCCGGCGGACUUGCUUACGUUUCCCCCAGCGAUUUACGUCCGCGGUGGCUCGUUGGUAGUCGCUCAUGGUAUAUCGGCUUAUUAUAUGAGCGACGUACAUCAUCGCCUGACUUUCCGAUCGAGUUUGCUGGUUAAUAGCAGGAAACAGUGACCUUCUAUGUAGACAGUGGCGUCUCGUAUCGUUGGCCAGUAAACGUGACCGAUUUUGUCGACGGACACCGAUAGUCCAUGGCCUUUCGUCGAUCGUUUUGUCACACGGGUAGCUCAUCGUCGAACAAUUACGCGACAGAAGUAGAAAUAAAAAUAAUAACAGAAGUCAGAAACUCUGCAUGGUCUGGCAUGUCGGUCAUUUAUACAUCACAGGAGUUUUUUCUUUUUUUUUUUUUUUGUUAUUUUAAAUAAAUUCUAGUUAUCGUUCAACUCGUGCGUUUGUAAAAUCGCAAAGUAUGGAUCUUAUCGAUCUUCCACGGGUAAUGUUCAGGUACGAACGAAUACAAGUGAAUAGUAUAGUAGAUGCAAUUCAGUGUAUUUAACUGCAAAUGUUUAUAAAAUGAUUUAAAUUUUAUAUAUAGAUCUUUGCUCUUUUAAGUGAAACGUCUAAUUUACAGUAACUUUAUUUAUAUUUUGUAGAGACGGGUUCUCAUCUUCGCGUUUUAUAGAGCGAUCUUUGCUCGCCUCUGUUUAAAAUGAUCAAAAGCAAACUUUUUUUUUCCUCCGAAUCAGUGUAUUAGUUUAAACCACUUGUAUUGUUUAUUCGUUGAAUUUUAUUCGUUUUUAUUGGCACCUGCGAUAGGUGAACUCACCGAAAAUAACUGUGCGUGAAAUCACGAUGGUUUGUCAGUGACGUUCGCUUCUGACGAAAACUUUUCCGUCUCUUUACGAGCAAUGAGCGGCUCGUAUGCGAUAGCAGAUGCCUGUCUCGUAGUGGUUCAAGCGAACAAUGUAUCUCUUAAACUUAAUGCCUCGGAGUAAUGCAGUUUGUUCAGGAAGUUUGAUAUUCUAGUUACUGGAAAGGAGUCCGAAGUGAAAUGGGAUGAGUGACUCCACGGUCGUCCGCCUAGCCGAUCGUAUAAAUAGAAGUUGCAGAUGCGUUCGCGAGAUACGCGCGGUUCCGAAUUCACCGAUCGUUAGACAUUUUACCCGCGAAAGACGGAGACCGAGCGCAGGAUCGUCGAUUGUUCCGUUGCGACAAAAUGCUGUAACUUGUUGCGGGAACGUAUAACGAAACAUCCUUCUUGUGCCUGUCGUAACUGUUAACAACACUGCGACAGCGGAUGAACGCUAUUUUCUUGCUGCCGCCUUGUCGUUGGGACGCUUCAGGAAGCGAGAGAAAAUUAUCAAAGAUGUACGGCCUAAUAUUAGAGAACUUGUCCGAGUACAUACGUCAGGUCUACGGAGAAGAUAGAUGGGAAGAGAUUCGACGGCAGGCAUCCGUGGAUCAACCCAGUUUCAGUGUUCAUCAGGUUUAUCCUGAGAAUCUUAUACCGAGAUUAGCAAAGAAAGCUAUUCAGGUACUUGGCAUAACGGAGAAAGAAUUUUUCGAUCAGAUGGGUGUACACUUCGUAGGAUUCGUUGGCCAGUACGGUUACGAUCGUGUGCUUUCAGUACUUGGACGUCACGUAAGAGAUUUCCUUAAUGGAUUGGACAAUUUACACGAAUAUCUCAAGUUUUCCUACCCGAGGAUGAGAGCACCUUCCUUUAUUUGCGAGAAUGAAACGCGGCAAGGCCUGACCCUCCAUUACAGGAGCAAACGACGUGGUUUCGUUUAUUACACGAUGGGCCAGAUAAGAGAGGUGGCUCGUCAUUUUUAUCACAAGGAAUUACAGAUCGAGCUGGUGCGCGAGGAGGUCCUUUUCGACACCGUGCACGUCACUUUUCAGCUCACCUUUGAUAACAGAGCUUUCACGCAAGCCUCGCUGGCGAUGACCCGCGAGGAGAAGCAUCUGCCCAUUGGUGCAUCGGUCCUGUUCGAAAUAUUCCCUUUUUGCAUCGUUUUUGGGUCAGACAUGAUCGUAAGAAGUAUCGGAAACUCGUUGAUGGUAAUAUUACCCGAUCUCGUCGGUAAAAAAAUCACGCACUUUUUCGACCUCGUCAGACCGCUCAUUGCAUUCAAGUUUCACUCGAUUCUGAACAGAACGAACAACAUCUUUGAACUGGUGACCGUAGAACCAAUUCUCACGGAACGGCCAUCCGACCGGCAGAGAAACGAGAUCUUUUUGAGCGACGAGCUCGACUCCGUGGACGACAGAACUUUGAGAUUGAAAGGUCAGAUGAUCUACAUGGAUAACUGGAAGAUGAUGAUGUAUCUCGGUACCCCCGUCAUGCCAGAUUUGAAUGCUUUGAUCGCGACAGGCCUCUACAUAAACGAUCUCUCUAUGCAUGAUUUCAGCAGGGAUCUGAUGCUAGCUGGUACCCAGCAAUCGGUGGAAUUGAAACUAGCCCUGGACCAGGAGCAGCUGAAGAGCAAAAAGCUGGAGGAGUCGAUGAGAAAGCUGGAUGAAGAAAUGAAACGCACGGACGAGCUACUUUAUCAGAUGAUACCAAAACAAGUAGCGGAUCGUCUGAGAAAUGGAGAGAGUCCCAUUGACACCUGCGAGAUGUUUGACAGCGUUUCGAUUUUAUUCUCGGACGUAGUCACGUUCACCGAAAUCUGCAGCAGGAUCACACCGAUGGAAGUGGUGUCCAUGCUAAAUGCUAUGUAUUCCCUUUUCGACACGUUAACUGAAAGGAACCGGGUGUAUAAGGUGGAAACAAUCGGCGAUGCUUACAUGGUAGUGUCCGGAGCACCAGUGAAAGAAAACGAUCACGCGGAUCGCGUUUGUGACAUGGCACUCGACAUGGUCGAAGCGAUCACGGACCUUAAAGAUCGUUCUACAGGUCUCCAUCUUCAGAUACGAGUUGGUAUUCACAGCGGUGCUGUGGUGGCUGGCAUUGUUGGCUUAAAAAUGCCGCGAUAUUGUCUGUUUGGUGAUUCAGUGAACACGGCAUCGCGUAUGGAGGCGACCAGUCAGGCGAUGCAAAUUCACAUAUCGCAGUCCACGCGGGAACUAUUGUCGCCUUCGUACAAAGUGAAAGAACGAGGGGAGAUAGAGGUGAAGGGCAAAGGGACGAUGAAAACCUAUUGGCUGGAGAAAAGGGAGCACAGGUCAUCAUCGACAAAGGGGAUUACUAUUCAAGAACCGCCUCAGUGGCACACAAGAAACAUCGAGAAGCGAGUUUCAGCGGGUACCUCCUCCGGCUUCACAGCGUCGACCAUGUUCGACAGUCAACAUUGUUUAGACACGUCGUCUAGACGAGGUUCCAAGAUGGUUUCUCCAACCCUCCCCGACUCGUCAUUUCUUCCAGAAGAAAGGAGGAUCUAUUCGCCCAUCACAUUUCAGGAUGUUGCUCGGAGAUCAGUCGCUAAUUCACCGACGAAGAACACCGACACGAGGGACUGCAGAUCGAACUCUAUGGGAGCGGUGAUCACCAGGAACAUGGACAUGUAUAAUUCCCUUCUGAACGACACGGAGGAACAUUUUAGACAGCACAGGGAUAGUUUGUCCUCGCGUGCCGAGAAUCCAUCGGCUGGGAUGCACACGAAGCUGGAGAUAAACGUGAAGGCUAGCUCGAGCUCGGCAUCCACGGAAUCGCGCGACGACAGAGCAUCUUUGGCCGACUUGGACGUCCCCAAACGCGAGAAGGAUGUAUUCUGUAAGAAAGGCAAGGGACACAGCGCGGGAUUUCAUAGCGAUAACAGCAACGCGCAGUCGCUUACGCAACAGGACCAAUGCUGCCCCGGCUUCACCAUGUCGAAGAGUGGUAAAAUGCGUCAUCAAAACAACGGUUGCAGCAUCGUCUAAUAAAUAAAUUCGUCAUGUUUUUAACGAUUGAUUUUGCCUUCUCGACGCGUCGAGCACCAUGACGGAUGCUCCCGUCGAUCACGGCCGAGCUCGUAUUCACCGCGAUAAAUAUGAUCUCCAGUUCUCAGUUGGUCGACGAUCGAUGACGAGAAUUCGUU